AUGCGGUAAACUGUUGGGAGGAAGCUUAUAUUUAGUCAAUAUUGUGUAGUUUUCGCGAUUUUAUGAGUGGCAAAAGGAAUGCCUUUCGGACAAUCGACUUUUGCGCGGUUCAAAUUGUGUUGUUUGUUUGCCUACAGGAGCGGGGAAAACUCUGAUUGCAGAGAUACUAAUGCUAAGGGAAGCUAUAGUGAAGAAGAGGAGCUCGAUACUUGUUUUACCAUACAUAGCCAUUGUUCAAGAAAAAAUUGUCUCCUUAUCUGUCUUCGAAGAAGCUUUUGGAAUUAGAAUAGAAGAAUAUGCAUCGAUAUUUCUGUUUGAUUUGGCCAACAGUCUUAUGAAUUCACUUAUUGAAACGAAUGAGUUGGAUCGUAUAGGGCUACUGGUGAUUGAUGAGCUUCAUAUGAUUGGAGAUGGAAGUCGAGGUGCGAUAAUCGAGGAAGUAAUUUGCAAGUAUUUAACAAAAGGAUUCGGUCAAAUUAUUGGCAUGUCGGCCACCCUAUCCAAUAUUGAUGAGCUGGCUUCUUUUCUUCGCGGUUAUGUGUAUUCAACUACAUUCCGGCCGGUUGAACUAAACGAGUUCGUUCGCAUAGGGCAAUCAAUAUGGAAGAUAAUGCCGACAGGCCACCUCCAGCACAAUGCAGAUUUGCCAGCAAACCGACUUUCGAAAGCUGAUCCCGAUGGAUUGUGUCAGUUAUUGGUUGGAGUUGUCCCCCAUCGAUCUGUUUUAAUUUUUUGCCCGACGAAAAAGAACUGUGAAAAUGUGGCAUCUAUGAUCGCACGAUGUGUUCCGAGUGAUGUGCGCAAAUGGAGACUUGAAGAGAAGAAGAAAGUUCUUGAAGCAAUGAAAGAGGACUGCGAAGGAAAAGUAAUGUGGUAUAAGACGGUUUUGUCGGGAGUGGCAUAUCAUCAUGCAGGUCUAACUAUCGAGGAAAGGAAGCACAUAGAGGCUGCAUAUUCUGAUGGUAUUAUUUGCAUUAUCUGUGCCACAUCAACGCUGGCUGCUGGCGUAAAUAUGCCAGCCAGGAGGGUGAUAAUAAAGUCUCCGAUGGUAGGCUGUAGUCCUAUUACCAAAGCACAGUACUUGCAAAUGAUAGGAAGAGCUGGAAGAGCUGGUUUUGAUGCAAAAGGUGAUAGUAUCACAAUUGUUCGACCAGGUCCUGAGGAGAGACAGUUCCGGGAUAUGCUGUGUUCUCCAAUGUUGUCUUGCUCAAGCGGAUUGGCGAACGUGGAACGUCUUUGCUCUUUUGUUCUAGAUCUCGUUACUUUGAAGGUGAGUCUUGCUUACCGUUUGGGAGUUUUGUCAUCUUCUCAACUGGGUGUUGCAACAUUUGCUGCGAACCUCUCUCCGCUUGAAGCUCAACGCCUUUCCGUUGAUCUUGCGGCGACUUUGAACAAGGGAUUGGUGUUUUCUUCACAUUUCCAUCUACUCCUUACUAUAGCUCCCUACGACGCCGUGUGUAACAUAGACUGGAAUUUAUUUCAUACGUUGUACAUCGCGUUACCUGACGGGGAGAAGAAGUUGUUGUCGUCAUAUGGAAUCCCCGAGUCUGUCAUUCUACAGUACAUUAUUAUGAGAAAAGCAUUGGUCCUAAUUGCAGCAGUUCUUCGUGAUGCUUCUAAUUUUAGGUUUGGCGUCGAUCGUGGUUGGCUACAAAACACGCUACAUAAUGCUAUCUCACAAGCUGCUUCAAUUGCGAAGUUUGCUGAGAAAAUUCCUUCUCUGUGGCCUCUUCGUCUGCUUCUACCGGAGUUGGUGCAGCGACUGUCGGAUUGCUUGGUGCUCGAGCUUAUUCCGUUAAUGGCUAUUGAUGGUGUAAAAAGAGGACGUGCUCGGCAACUAUGUAUAGCUGGUUAUAAAAAUGUAGCUAAGGUUAGAAAAUAUGACCUUUUGUCUGUAAAUGCUAUUCUGCGUGAUCAAUUAGACGAGAAAAUAGAAGAGUUGGAUGCGAUGGGCAUAGAAUUGUCAGAAAUAGAGGAGCGGGUGAAAAGCUGA